AUGGCUCCAUAUGAAGCCUUGUAUGGACGGAAGUGUCAGUCUCCAUUUUGUUGGUAUGAAUUUGGUGAAGCAAGUGUUUUGGGUCCUGAUGUAAUAGCAGAGACUACUGAGAACAUUAAGAAGAUUCGUGCAAGGAUUCUAACUGCUCAAAGUCGACAGAAAAGUUAUGCGAACCAGAGGAGGAAACCAUUAGAGUUUGAAUUGGGAGAGCACGUAUUCCUUAAGGUUACACCGACGACUGGGAUUGGAAGAGCAAUCAAGACCAAAAAUUUGAACCCAAGAUAUAUAGGACCGUUUGAGAUUUUGAAGAGAUUCGAGCUGGUAGCGUAUCAAGUAGCUUUGCCACCUCAUCUGUCUAACUUGCAUGACGUAUUCCACGUGUCGCAACUUCGUAAGUACACGUCGGAUGCGGCUCAUGUGUUGGAGCCUGAAUCGGUCGAAUUGAAGGAGAACUUAACCUUCCAAGCAACGCUAGUGAGGAUUGAUGACACUAGUGUGAAGAAGCUUCGAGGAAAGGAUGUUCCAUUGGUUAGAGUUGCUUGGGGGCGGGCUGGAAUUGAAGAGCAUACUUGGGAGUUAGAGUCUGAAAUGCGAAAGGAUUUUCUCGAGCUUUUCUCAGGUAAUUCAAAUUUUAAGGGCAAAAAUUUCUUAUUUGGUGCGGAGAAUGUAAGAACUGCAACUAAUCAACUGGUUAAUUAA